AUGCUGGCCUCUCGUCAGGUUUUGGGCCACGUCGCCCGGAGCCGUGCCGCCGUCGGCUCCCUGGGCCUUCGACGAUGCAUGGCCACCGUCACAGACUCCCCUCUUGACCGCAAGGUCAAGCAGAACAACUGGGAAGAGGGCAACUUCAUCAACUACAAGAAGAUGUCCGAGAACCUUGCCAUUGUCCGCAGCAGGCUCAACCGACCCCUCACAUACGCCGAGAAGAUCCUGUACUCCCAUCUGGACGACCCAGAAGGCCAGGACAUCACCCGUGGCAGCUCAUACCUCAAGCUGAGGCCAGACCGUGUUGCCUGCCAGGAUGCCACCGCCCAGAUGGCUAUCCUCCAGUUCAUGUCCGCUGGUAUGCCCUCUGUGGCAAACCCCUCCACCGUCCACUGCGACCACUUGAUUGAGGCCCAGGUUGGUGGUGAGAAGGAUCUGGAUCGCGCUGUCAGCAUCAACGAGGAGGUCUACAACUUCCUUUCUACCGCUUGCGCCAAGUACAACAUCGGUUUCUGGAAGCCCGGCUCUGGUAUCAUCCACCAGAUCCUGCUCGAGAACUACGCUUUCCCCGGUGGUCUCCUCAUCGGUACUGACUCUCACACCCCCAACGCUGGUGGUCUCGGCAUGUGCGCUAUUGGUGUUGGUGGUGCCGAUGCUGUCGAUGUCAUGGCCAACCUGCCCUGGGAGCUCAAGGCCCCCAAGAUCAUUGGUGUCAAGCUGACCGGCAAGAUGAACGGCUGGACCUCGCCAAAGGACAUUAUCCUCAAGGUCGCUGGUAUCCUCACCGUCAAGGGAGGCACGGGCGCGAUUGUUGAGUACUUCGGACCUGGCGUCGACAGCGUUUCUGCUACAGGCAUGGGGACUGGUGCGGAAAUUGGCGCAACCACUUCGGUCUUCCCCUUCAACGACAGCAUGUACAACUACCUCAAGGCCACCAAGCGCAAGGACAUUGGUGACUUCGCCCGCACCUACGCCAAGGAGCUGCGCGAGGACGAGGGUGCCGAGUACGACCAGCUGAUCGAGAUCAACCUGUCCGAGCUCGAGCCCCACAUCAACGGCCCCUUCACCCCCGAUCUGGCCACCCCCAUCUCCAAGUUCAGCGAGGCCGUCAAGGCCAACAACUGGCCCGAGGAGCUCAAGGUCGGCCUCAUCGGCUCCUGCACCAACUCCUCGUACGAGGAUAUGUCCCGCGCUGCCUCCAUCGCCAGGGACGCCAUGGACCACGGUCUGAAGGCCAAGUCUGCCUUCUUCGUCACCCCCGGCUCCGAGCAGAUCCGUGCCACCAUUGCCCGCGACGGCCAGCUGCAGACCUUCGAGGAGUACGGCGGUGUUGUCCUGGCCAACGCCUGUGGUCCUUGCAUUGGUCAGUGGGACCGCCGCGACGUCAAGAAGGGCGACGCCAACUCCAUCAUCUCCUCCUACAACCGAAACUUCACCGGCCGCAACGAUGGCAACCCUGCCACCCACUCCUUCGUCACCUCUCCCGACCUGGUCGUCGCCAUGACCGUCGCCGGAUCUCUGUCCUUCAACCCCCUGACCGACAAGCUCAAGGACAAGGACGGCAACGAGUUCCAGCUCAAGGCUCCCACCGGCGAUGGUCUCCCCACCAGGGGCUACGACCCCGGCAUGGACACCUACCAGGCUCCUCCCGCCGACCGAUCCGCCGUCUCCGUCCAGGUCUCCCCCUCGUCUGACCGUCUACAGGUCCUCCAGCCCUUCAACGCAUGGGACGGCAAGGACUACGUUGACGCCCCCAUCCUGAUCAAGACCCAGGGCAAGACCACCACCGACCACAUCUCCAUGGCCGGCCCCUGGCUGAAGUACCGUGGCCACCUGGACAACAUCUCCAACAACAUGCUGAUCGGUGCCAUGAACGCCGCCAACGGCGAGGCCAACAAGAUCCAGAACGUCACCACCGGCCAGUGGGACGCUGUGCCCGCUGUUGCCCGUGACUACAAGGCCAAGGGCAUCAAGUGGGUUGUCAUUGGCGACUGGAACUACGGUGAGGGUUCUUCCCGUGAGCACGCUGCUCUGGAGCCCCGUCACCUCGGGGGCGUUGCCAUCAUCACCCGAUCCUUCGCCCGUAUCCACGAGACCAACCUGAAGAAGCAAGGCAUGCUGCCCUUGACCUUCUCCAACCCCGAGGACUACGACAAGAUCCCAACCGACGCCAAGGUUGACCUCAAGUGCACCGAGCUCGAGGUUGGCAAGCCCAUGACCAUGGUCGUCAAGCCCAAGGACGGCAAGCCCUUCGAGGUUCAGCUGUCGCACACCUUCAACGCCGGCCAGAUCGAGUGGUUCAAGAACGGCAGCGCCCUGAACACCAUGGCCAAGGCCAACAAAUAA